UGUAAAGUUGAGGCGGGGCAGAAGUCGUCAGCAAUAUGUGAGACGGGCGUUUUUCUCAUUUAUGCAACUCUUCCGUUCUCCCUAGCAUGCCUCAAGCAAGCUUAAAAAUAAACAGGUUCUGCCGGAGUAGGUGAUAAAGCCAAGCAGCACGCUCUUUUUGACGAGUCCAGCACGGACAUACAGUCUCAUUGGAGAGAAGAAGGACUAUAUAGUAACAAACAGCCUAAAAUGAAACCAUGGACGUAUUCAAUUCAUGAAGAAUCUCAGUUGAGCCAUAAACACAUCUGCCAUACAUAGAUCUCUGUAGACUUUGGAUCUGGUUUUUUUUUCACCUUCCUACGGCCUCUCUGUCUUGGGGUUUCCGAGUUUUAAUAGGAGAGGGAAUCCGGUGCCAUUUGAGUGGCAGGUAGGCCAUCAUUCUGUAGCUGUAAGACUUCAGGUUCUCUCUCAGGAAUCAGUAUGGCGCACCGCUCUCAGUGUUCCUCAGCCGGGGAUAACCCCCUGGACCCCAAAUACCUGCCUUCCCACUUCCGCGAGGAGUACCGGCUGGCCAUUGACGCACUUGUGGAGGAUGACUUGGAGGGCUAUUAUGAAUUCCUCCAGAGUGCGGAUGUGGUGGACUUCCUCUCCAGACAGGAAAUUGAGCACAUUAGGUGCACAGUGCAAAUUCCGUACCAGAGCACUCAGCCAGAGCUCCCGUAUGUAGAGACUGAGGGAGAUGGCUCUUCAGACACGUACUGGCCUGUGCACUCUGACUUGGAUGCACCUGGUCUUGACCUUGGCUGGCCCCAACAGCAUCACUUCAUAGGCCCCACCGAGGUCACCACGCUGGUUAACCCCUCUGAGCCAGAUAUGCCCAGUAUCAAGGUGCAGGCUCGUCGACUUAUCAAGAAUGCUCAACAAGUGAUUGCUGUGGUAAUGGACACCUUUACAGAUGUGGACAUCUUCGCUGAUAUUCUGGAUGCUGCCAUGCGAAAUGUUGCAGUGUAUAUCAUUCUGGAUGAACAGAAUGCACACCACUUUACUACCAUGGCUUCCAACUGCCGGGUCAAUCUGGAGAGCAUACAAUUCAUGCGUGUCAGAACUGUGUCAGGCAUCACCUAUCGCUGUCGCUCUGGAAAGUCCUUCAAGGGUCAGAUGCUGGAUCGCUUCUUGCUGACAGACUGCAGGGCUGUCCUGAGUGGAAACUAUAGCUUCAUGUGGUCUUUUGAGAAGAUUCACCGUUGCAUGGCUCACCUCUUUCUUGGACAGCUUGUGACUACUUUUGAUGAGGAGUUCCGGAUCCUGUUUGCACAGUCCCAACCUUUGGUACCUGAAAAUGUCCUUGUUCCAGUGCCAGACUACAGCAGUUUAUCUGACAGCCAAUACAGCACUGAUAGGCCACCAUUGUUCAGAGAUCCCAGAAAGUUCCUGCCCAUAGAGAGCUCUCGUCCUAAAGAAUGGGCUAGACAUUCCUUUGAUGAUCAGAAAAGAAUGCCCCCUGGAAGGCACGAGCACAUCCACAGGUCACUAGAUCAGGGUUCACUUGAUAUGCACAGAAACAAGUACUCCUCACAGCAAUUUAGAAUAGAGCAGCAGUAUUUUAUGGAACAAGGUCACCCUAUGAUGCAGUCGAACACAAUGGAUUUUUCUGGCUCUAAAAGGCCCAGUUAUGCAGAGGGAACUUAUGCCAGACACUCCUCCUCUCAAUUCAUGCAGCACCAAGCCAACUUUGAGGAGGGUAUGGCAACCCAGAGCAGGAAGAUACAUAGGGAACAGCAUCACUACCAGAGAACAGGGCCAGAGCCUGGUUAUGGUAGCUACGAUCAAUUCAGGGACCAAGGGUACCCUCCGAUGGAUCAGUAUUCUGAGUCUGGGUACCCACAUGGAAUAGAGAUAGAGCCACCAGACAAGUAUGACCCUGUAGUGAAUUAUUUAUCGUUAUCGAAACUUUCUGUGGAGAUGGGACAUGACUCAGACAAAUUAUCACAUCCAGGAGAGGGUCCCUUUUGUCAUUCAAACGCAAAAAGACUGAGCGUGGGCCAUCCUUAUGCCUGUCAGACCUCCCCAACACAACAAAACCCGUCUGAACAGAAGCAGUUUUUUGUUGGGUCUGGUUCGGACCGUAAAACACAGGAUCCCAGUGCAAAGCAGGGGAUGCGAGAUUGGAGGAUCAGCUCAUACCUCAGUGCAUAUGAUGAUGCUGGAGAAGAAGACAUUUCACAGCCUUUUGGAAAUGACCCCUUUGAAGAGCCCCUUAAUACCUCACAAGGAAUAAUAUUUGCUCCACUGGUAUCAGAUCCCAAGUUUAAUGCCAAAGAGUUACCCAAGAUUGCAGGGCUCAGGUUAAAGACCAAACGCCCAGAACAUUCAAGAACACCAGAUAUUAUUGUUAGCAUGGCUACAGAUGAAGGCGACAAAUCAGAGGACAUGGAGGUAAAAGAGCCCAAAAGAGAAGAGUCAUUCCGUAGGAGGAUCAACCCUGCUAUCCAAAGGACCUCAAGGCUAAGAUCCUCACUAAUCUUCAGCUCACAACUAGAACAGCAUAUCUCUCAAGAACUGAACCUUACCUCAGGCCAACAUUGCGAGGAAACUGCCAACGAGGAAGAUGACCAAUCUAGAUUAUCCUUGACCGCUCAGAUUUUGGGAAAACGAAGAUCCAUAACAAGAGAACAUUUUGAAUGGAGAUGUAAUAAGCCAGCAACAGUUGAUAAGUCAACCAUAGAGUCUUUGAAAUCUGAGGACAUCACUACUGAUGCCAGUGAUAAGGAAUUGCAAAAUAAUCCUCCUGUGGGCACCGACAUGGCCUCUUCAAAGGAACAACCUAAACCUGACCAUGAAGAAGAAAGCAAAACGGUACAAUGUGCACAUCCAUCCAAAUCUGCUCAAAUUGAGCAACCCAAAACCAUACAAACAGCACACCUGCCAUCUUCAUUGAGCAAUACAUUCUAUAUAGAUAUGAAUGAUCCAGACAGUAGGUUCAAGUUUUUUAAAGCGUUGGCUGCCAAACGAAAAGCUGCAAAGGCUUCAGAGUCUGAGAGCAGCGCUGAAAAAGCUCCUCUAAAUCCAGUGACUCCAUUUGACUUGAAAACAAAGGACCCAGUCACAAGUGUAGAACCUACUCUUCCAGUGGCUCCACUAAAUCCAGCAGAUACUUCCACCAAAAAGCCAUCUACAUCAACAGAGGGACCUCUUAAACCAGAAGAUACAUUAAACAAAAAGACAGAAACAUCAACAGAGGCCCUACUUAAUCCAGCAGAUACUUCAACCAAAAAGCCAGCAACAUCAACAGAGACCCCACCUAAUCCAGCAGACACUUCCACCAAAAAGCCAGCUACAUCAACAGAGACCCCACCUAAUCCAGCAGACAUUUCUACCAAAAAGCCAGCUACAUCAACACAGGCCUCUUCAGAAACACUGGAGAUCUCACCAGUCUCACAGGAGAACAAAACAUCCAUGGCAACACAUGGCUCAUUACAUCUUGAUGUCAAAGACAAGGCUUCUAAAAAUAAAGAACAGGAAGAACUUAAUCUUUCCAAAAGUGACUCCAAAUCAUUCCUCGGGCGUAGAUUAUCUGGUGACGAUGGGCUACUUAGAGUCUCUACGGAUGCUGAGAAGAUUGAGCUGAAGAACAGUCAGAACCAAAGUGUGUCUGAAGUUAACCCUAGAGAUACAAGUGCAUUUCUUGAGCACACCUCAAAAGAGCGUAGCUUUAACAUCGCUCCAAAGGAGUUUACUUUAUAUAAACUAUCACCAAAGGAACCAAAGUCUUCAAAUCCUGCUUCAAAGGAGCUGAGCCCAUCUCUUCCACUCACCCUAACAGAAGUUAGCUCGUCAUUAUCUCCGACAUCAACGAGUUUCAGUUUAACUAAUCUCACUUCAUUUAAACAUGCAGCAAAAGAUUUGAGCUCAGCCCUUACCCCCACCCUUAAGGAGUCCAGUUCAUCUAACCCCCUGUCAAAGCAACAAUUACUAUCCUCUAAACCAGUCACAGUAGAGUCCAACAAACCUCUGAGCCCCACCCAAUCCGAAUCAAGUGUCUCUUCUCAUCCCAUUCCAUCAAAAUCCAGCACCUCCGCUCAUACCAUCCCAUUGCAAUCAAGUCCCCCCAUUAUUCCUGGUCUAGUUGAGCCAGUUGUGUCUCCCAAGCCUGACAAAACUGAUUCCAAGGAAUCUCUUAGCCCUACCCCAAUGCAAUCUUGCUCGUCCUCAAUCCCUGCAACAGAUCUUAGCCUUCUGCCAAGCUCUACCCAAACAAAAUCCAGUUCCUUACCUACAUCCACCUUAGUUGGGUCCACUUCAUCAACACCAAUAGACUCUAACAUCUCUCCCAAUCCCUCCACAAAGGAGUCAUUGUUUACAAUUGCCACAACUGAGUUGAAGUCACCCGCUCCAAAGACCAACCCAAUAAAACCCUACUCCUCUCCUAGUCCUGGCCAAGAUGAGUUUGUUUUAUCCCCCAAACCCUCCAAAACAGCAUCCAACUCCUCUCCAAAGCCCACCACAACAGAGUUUAAUGACUCCCCCAACUCCUCACUUCCAUCGCCAAAGCAUGUCACGGAACAAACCAACAAAUCUCCCAUCCUAACACCAACACAAUCUAGUUCUUCUUCCAAUCCAACAAGAGAACCCAACCCUCUUCCUGACAACACCCCAACGGAACCAGGUGCAUCUCCUGACCCCACCCCAACAGAUUCCAGUGCAUUUUCUAACCCUACUCAAACAAAAUCACAUUCCUCCCCUAUGUCUGUGUCAGGUGGAUCAGUUUUGUGCCCCAUGUCUGGCCAAACAAAAUCUAUCACUUCUCCAAACCUCACCCCAACAGAAUAUUGUUCCUCUCCUAAUCAUACCCCAACUGAGUCUACCUCACCAUUCAACCCUGUCCUUGUAGAAUCCAGCCCAUCAAGUAACUCAAACCCAACUCAUUCUACUGCCUCUCAUGACACUGUCCCAGCUUCAUCUGUCAUUGUGGAUAACAGUAAGAAGGGCAAACUAAGUAACCUUAUCAAAGAGCAAAAAGCUGGAAGUUCUCCUGCCGCUAAAGGUGACAAGAAAGCAGGUGAUGCUGAGACAAUGAGCAAAAGUGCUCCUGGAGAAUCCGCCUCCCAUGGAGCUCAGAGUCCUGAUGAAACCAAAGAGAAUGAUAGCACUAUGAAACCAGAGAGCCCUACAGAUCAAACUAAUCCCAUAUCACCCCCAGUGAAGCAAGCUAAAGUAAGCCAGUCCCACUACCAUUUAUCUACUGUCAAUGUACUCUCAAGCAGCAACCUAAGAGAUGACACAAAGCUCCUUUUAGGGCAGAUUUCUGCUAACAGCCAGAGCCGGACAGAACUCACUACAGAAUCUGCUGUCACUGAUGAUGCCAAACAGGAUGAGGCUGACCGGGGUGUUAGUGGUAAGGAGGAAGCAUCAGCCCAAGGACAGAGCAGAGGCCCGACUAGAACUUCUCAGGAGCGGGAGAAGCUACUUCAGAGAAUCGAGAGCAUGCGGAAGGAGAGGAAGGUAUACAGCCGCUUUGAGAUGGCGCCUUAACCAGGGAUCGGAAGGAUGAGUGAGUAUGGAGAAAGACCAUCGCUAAUUCUCCUCUAAAACUUGUCCUUUAUGUCCAUUCCCCAAAAGUCUAAAACCACAGGUCGGAGAGGCACAGCUAGCUAACCAACAGAGAGGUAUUAUUCUCAGGUUUCUAUAUUAGAGUGUUCAUCUGAAUGGACUGUCUGCAUGUAAAUGAUUAAGGUUUAUGGGAACAUGAACAGAAAUUUGUCUAAGUUGACUAAGUUUACCAACAUGGACUACUGUAUAAGUAAACAGACUCUACAGUGUGGACAAUGGACUACUGCUAUCUACAAGGUGGGACUGAAACAUGCAAUCUCAUCAGAUAAAUACACAACUAAAUGUGCAAUUUAUUUGAAAAGUAUUGUGUUCAUAGACACACUGGACACAUAGGCAUUGUUGACUCUAUGGGUCAAGUGCAAUGUAAUAUCUGUUAGUCUCAUGGCUGUUUAAUUAUUAUCUGUUUGAGGAUCUGUUUUAUAUACUAACAGACAUUU